AUGACAAUUGAUCAUUUUUCAAAUAAAAAAACAAUCGGCAAAGGUGCGUUUGGAACUGUUAAAAUCGGAAGACAUAAGCAGACCGGUAAUGUUUUUGCUAUCAAAAUACUUGAAAAAAAGAAAAUUAUUGAAUCUAAGUUUCUGAAGCAUACCAUUCAAGAGAAACAAAUUCUGCGUACUAUCAAUCAACCAUUCAUUUUGAAAGCCACCUAUCACUUCUGGGACAGUCUCCAUUUAUAUCUGGCCACUGAAUUUUGCGCUGGGGGAGACCUUCACACAUUGUUCAAUCGCAAUAAAAAUUUCAAAGAAAAUCAUUGCAUGUUUUACGGCGCCCAUAUAGUUCUGGCUUUGGAGUUUCUACACAGCAUCAAGAUCAUAUAUCGUGAUUUGAAGUUGGAUAACCUUCUCGUAAAUAAUGACGGUUAUUUGAAGCUAGUUGAUUUCGGAAUCUCAAAAAAAGUUGAAAACACGACAAAUUCCUACUGCGGUACGCCCAGCUACAUAGCGCCAGAGAUGAUCAAUCAAAAUGAUUACAACUGCUCUGUUGACUGGUGGUCAUUUGGAGUUGUCUUGUAUAAAAUGGGAAGUGGAAAGAGGCCAUUCAAAGGAAAAUCCGUCAAUGAAAUUUUUAAAAAUAUUAUAAAUAAUGAAAUAGAAAUGCCAGAGUCUUUCAGUAAAACGUUUGCCGAUUUGGUAGGAAAACCUUUGAUCAAACCACCAUACAUUUCAUCUCUGAAAGACGACAUGGAUACAUCGAACUUUGGAAAUUAUUUUGAAUACGGAAUCGAUAGAAAGGAUACGUGUAUCUUUUAUGAUGAAUUUAAAGAUUUCUACUAA